AUGAGACACGGGCGAGCCAAAGCUGCAAGAAAGACACUGCAGUAUUUCCACCGAACGAUCGGAUUGAAGGCUCCAUAUGACAUCCUUCUCGAUGCCACAAUGGUGGUAGCAAUGUUUCAACAAAAGAUACUGCCCUUCAAAGAACGAAUGGAUCGAGUGUUGCAGACAACGGGUGCUGAUGGCCCCAACCAUUACUAUAUUCUCCAAUCAGCUGUUGACGAACUUCAAACCAUUCACGACAAACUAGAAUCCAAGAAGCAUAUCAAGGCAGAGGCUUUUGGUGAAGCUCUGAAAUUCAUUUGGGACGAAUGUACCGUUCUGGAUCAUCGAAAAAAGGACCAAAGAAUAGGCAAGAAUGAAGAGAAAAAGGACGAAGGCGAUAACGAGACGGACGACGCAUCACCGAACGAAGAACAAGCACCAGCUUCCGUUCAAGACGAUUUGUUACACCUCAUCAAGAAUGACGAGACAUCAUACAUUGUGGGAACUCAGGAUGAAGGUUUGCUUCAUACCUUGCGAUCCAAGGGAACUGUACCAAUUGUGCGAUUGGCCAAUAGCUCUGUCUUAAUCAUUGAAAAUCCAAGCAAAAUGAGUCAGAAUCACGCGAAAGGCGUGGAAGAGAAGAAAUGGAAAAAUAGUCUUCAAGAUUCUGAAAGAAAACUGGUGACCCUUGCGCACAAGGAAAAGAGGGCUUCCAAGAUAAUUUCGAGCAGCAACAGUAGCGCCCCGAAUCAAAGAAAGAAGAAAGCCAAGGGCCCGAACCCAUUGAGCUGUAAGCGAAAGUCAGGCGCCGGUGAUAAGAACUCGAAAGAGUCCGCCAGUAAGAAACGACGGAUGCGAGCAAAAGCGAAGGGUAGCUAA